AGCUGACCUGGCCCAGAUGCUUAAGUGCGCAAAAACUCAUGGAGGAUGCGUCGCCAGGGGAAGUCAUCGUUUGGCCAGCUGACGAAGUCCCCAAGGAGCGCCCAGCUGAGGAGCCAGAGGAACAGAUUCUGCACAUACCUGCACCGGUGUUGGCGCUGAUGGUUGACAUGAAUGUGACACAGCCGCGGGUGCUUCGCUGCACUUCGGCGGGCUUGGCCUUGCGAUGGGCGGGCCAAGCGCUCCGUGGCGGGGUGGAGCCAGACCUUGCCUUCCGCUGCAGCUGGCCGACCACACGCAUUGGCCAGUUCUGGUCCCAUUCCUGGCACGGCAGUCUUUGGUCCAAGGUGCUGACCCUGCUGUUGCUGAUCCAUGGAUUUCCCGCGUUGUGCUGCGCCACGCUGGCCGGCGUUGUGGUGAUUUGCUUGUCGAGGCCCUUCAUGGAGAGACCCUGGGAAAAGGCAAGCCUUCUUGCAGUCAUUUGCAUUGCUUGCGGCUGUCUGGUCACGACCAUAACAUUGCUGCUAUGGAGGUCAGGGAGGAAAGUCUUUGUGGAUCAGCUUUGCAUCCACCAGAAAAAUCAAGAGCUCAAGCUCGAAGGUGUGUUGUCUAUGGGCGGCUUCCUGAAGGCCUCAGAUUCUUGCCUGGUGUGCUGGGACUCAUCGUACACAGAGAGGCUUUGGUGCAUCUUCGAACUGGCCGCCUUUCUCAAGAGCCGCAAGACGCCAGCACUGGCGGUGCGGCCUACAUGUCUUGGCCCUGCGUUGGUUUUGUCUAGCGCGGGAGUUUGGGGAGCCAUGCUCAUCGCAAAAAUUGAGGAGAUGAUGAUUGAAGUUGACCUGAAAGCGGACCCGCUGAGCCGCUUCAUGGUGAGGCUUGCAGCGGUACUCCUGGUCCUCUUCACCACAUGCAGCCUCGCUACGAGCAUGUUUCGGGACUACCACCGGUCAGUUGAGGAGAUGGAGCAGCGACUGGGCCAGUUCAAAUUGAAGCAGGCCAUAUGCAGCUGCUGCUCCAAGGGCCACAUAAACAAAAGGACUGGUGCCGCAAUCCUAUGUGAUCGCAUCGUGCUUGAAAGAUGCAUCACUUGCUGGUUUGGCUCUGCGGAAGCCUUCGAGGAGUCGGUGCACUUGCACGUGCUCCCAUCCUUGAAAAGACAAUUGGGGCCGCUUGCCCUGCCGUAUUCGUGGAUGGUGGGUGCCUCCACGCCUGUUCUGUGGAUGAGUUUGCCAUCAUUGUUGCCCUUCAACACGAACUUGCCUGUCGAGUCCUUUCCAAGCCACUACGUGAGGACCACUUGCUUUCUGAUUUCUUGGUGGCUUGCUGGACUGCCACUCCUGCUCAAUGUCGCAAUGGGCUUGUGCUAUUUGCUCCGUGCCAAACGCUCGACGCGAUGCAGGGAGGUUCUGGUGAACCUGCUCAUUCCUUGUGCGGCGGGGUUGCUUUAUGGCCUGGUGGAGGGUUUCUAUAUCUUCUUGUACGCGAUGGCCAACUACUACUACCCACAGAACAAGAUGUGGAACGACGCAUCUCGGCCAGAGAUACAGGUGACUGACGCUUUGCACGCAGCAGUCCACCAAAGUCUGGGGGUGGGCAUUUCCAUGGCCAGGUGGUGGCUGCAAUACAUGCAGCCACCAUGGUGCUGGCAAUCCUCUCGGUGUACGGCUGCCGACACUGCCGAGAAUGGGGGUUCCUGAGACCGUGAUUGUUUAAGUACAUCAUGUUGAGACGCGUGAAUUUCGUGAUAGGAGCGCCCAGGUGCAGGCAAGGUGCUAAGGCCAGUCAUGUCGUGAGCUUGCUGCGUCAACAGUUUGACCGCCGCGCAUUUUCCAGGGCGUGCUUCUCUUGCCACGUUGCUUGUGCCAAGUGUUAAGUGAGCAAGGAUAGUUAGAUGUUUGAAGACCUUUGAGGAUAUCCGCCCAACUUGUUUGCAUGUUGGCGGCCCCCC